UUAUGGUAACCAGAUGCGGUGAUCAAACUAAAAAAGGUUGACGAUUUGUUUUCGUGAUGAUCAAAUACACCAAAAAACAAUAAUAUAAGCUAUGUAAUAUGGUCAUGUAAGAACAAAGCGCUACUAACCACCAUGGAGCAAAUAUAUGCGCUGGGCGUGUCUUCUAUAGAGUGGGUUCAAUACUGGUUUACUGAUUUGGAACGCUACCUAGAGUUGGUGAAUAAUUUAGUAAAUCCCCACUAUGUGCUGGAGAUCCUGUUCCCUUUAAUAUCCAUCGUGGACUCGGUUUUCGCCUCCCAGCUGUUGCUGUGCAUAACCUUUGGUGGCUGGCUGAGUGGUCUAAUGAAGUGGUGGCUAUUAGAAGACCGUCCAUAUUGGUGGGUGCGUGAGACCACGUUCUAUUCAGAUUCAAUGCGCCCUUGGCUCAUGCAAACCUCCCAAACCUGUGAGACCGGACCAGGCAGUCCGUCCGGACACAGUCUUACUGCUGCAUCUCUAUUUAUGCUAUUUCUGACUUGGGCCGCCCAUGUGUGCAAUGACAGGAAAUGGAACAUGCUAUAUUGGAAGUUGGUGUUGUACCCGUUGGGCUGCGUUACGCUGGUCUCGGUGAUGGUUGCGCGCAUGUACGUCGCCGCGCACUUCCCGCACCAGUGUCUAUUCGGAUGCCUGCUAGGUCUAUUCAUCGUCCCGGUGAUGUGCGUGUACGUCACGGACCCGUUCAUCUGGCAGUACGGCAAGUACAGGACCAUGCCGGUCAAGCGGGCGGUGGCAUGGCACGUUUUGUAUGCCGCGUUGGCAGUUCUGAGCUGUGUAGCCACCUACUGCGUUUUGACCCUUUAUGGGAUAGAUCCCAACUAUACUGUGGAAUUGGCAUACCGGCGGUGUGCAGAUUGUGACAAGGUAUUCAUAUUUACGACCCCUCUGUACGCGCUUAUAAAAUGCACCGGCAGCCUAGCGGGAUUGGCGCUGAGCGUCACUCCUGCCGUCGCUAAGUACCGGCAUUACACAAAAAACAGAUCGACAGGAAUAUCGACUUUUUUGACCGGAUUCGCAAUAGUCUUUCUGAAAACACUCGAAAAGAAGUUUUCUAAAUCUAGCGAUGUCUAUUACUUAGCAUUGUUUAUACUGAACGCUAUGACACCGGCCAUAAUGUUGAGGUUGGUCCCCGCGUUGGCUAUGUGGCCUUUUUCUAGCGAAAACAAACCAAAAGCUAAAUAAAUAGCUAAAUCGCAAAAUAUUGUAAACCGAUCAAUAAUAUAUUAGAUGUGCCGUCAGACAAAUAAGCUCCCAAUAUACUUGCGUAUUGCGAGCCUAUUUUCUAUUAGUUAUAACGACAUCAGGAGAGGUAUGUUCGCACCAUCUGAGUCUCGAUAGAAGACUGCAGAAAUAUAUUGCAAAUGCAACCGUAUUUAUAUCACACUACCAUAAUAAUGAACGUUAGCUGCAAUUCAAAAUCAUUAGCGUAUCUUGUACAUUAUUGAUCGAAGUUCAAAACACGGAUAUAUGGGUAAAUUGUCGAUAGAUAUGCAUAGAAAGAUGGAAUUAUUUUCCAUUAUAACAGAGAUAAAAUUGAUGGUUAAAAUAUCGGUAUCAUAAUUAAAUCUAUAGCUGCUUACACCAUCAGGCAUGUCAAGAAAAAAAGGACGAAUUGUCUGUAAAAUCCUUUAUGAUUAAUUAAUCAUUAAGGAUUUUACACAUAAUUCGUCUUUUUUUAUAAUGUUAGUCAACUGUCAAACUAGUCAAAAAAAUAUAGAUGUUUAGUCAACUGUGGAGACAAAAAUUAUAACUUAUGCAGUUAAUCCAUAUUAAUACAUUGACAGGUAUUUUUCUGUAUACCGAAGAUGUUUAGUCAAUGUUUAGCGUAGAAAUGUUGCUGAGUGUUAGAUUUUUUAAACUUUGUAUAACCAUUUGAUCGCGUAAAACUUUACGUUUAGUAUAGAAUCGAAACCUAGUGACAAUACUGUUUCCCACUAUUGUAACUAGAUGAUAUUUGAAUACUGUUUCCCAAUAUUGAAAUUAGAUGGCGCUCUAACGAUUCCAUACGAAUCUGUCUAUCACGGGAUCGAAUAUGAAGAUGUAAAUAAAAAGUCUCACACUCUCCGAUAAUUUAGUUUCUCAUUUUUGUCCGAUCUCCGAAGAUACUGUUUCGAAAUCGAAAUUGUAUCGGUGUUGUAUUGUCCAACUCUGUAUAAAUUUAUUAGAUUGAUGGUUAAUUAAAUAGUUCUUCUUAAUAUCUUAAUAAUAAUAUAAAUUAUAAGCUCAGCAGACUUUUUUUUAAAGUAUUCCUGUGUCACAUGCCGAGUGAGUGCGAGUCUAAUGUGACCAUAUCUUACGAAUUUAAUGUUUGCCUUGCAUUUAAAACAAUUUGCACUAUUUUCGCUGUUCGGAUGCUAUUAAUUAUAGACACACAAGAAUAGUUUUAUAUUUACUAGCAUUGACUAAUAAUAUUACGUUAUCGGUCCAGAGUCAGGUGGGUUUCGAAAAAUUUCGGUGGAACCGGUUCUGUAAUCACGGUUUCGUUAAAAAAAAAAAUUCUGUGAUAAUAGUACAAAGUACUAAUUAAUCUCAAAUAUGAUUUAAUUUAUAAUAAAAUAACCUGAUAUUAUUUUGAG